GGCUGGCCCGGUCUAGCUGCCCCCGCCGCUCCGCCCGGCCCCGCCGAGCCGAGUCGGUGCCGGGGAGUGGGGCGGGGCAGGGACAAGCGACAGCGCCCGCAGCUCCCGGGAGCGACCGCCGGUGAUGCGGGGGGCAGCGCCAAGCACUCGGGCGGGGCUGGGGCACCGGGCUGUGCCCCCCCUCGUGCCGGCGGGAGGAGCGGGGCGGCGGGACGCUUCUCCGUGCCCGCGGUCCCUCCCCCCGAGCCGGUCCCUCCCCCUGAGUCGCCACAGCCGCUGCCGUCGCGGCUCCGCUAAAGUUUUCGCCGAGCGCGCCGGACCCGGUCCCCGCCGGUCCCGAGAUGCGUUCGGGAGCCGCCGCGAGCCCAGCCCCGACAGCUGUGUCCCAGGAGUGCCCGUGACCAGGCGUCUUGCACAGGGCUGCCCACAUGCCAGGGCCGUCACCACCAGAGUGGAGAAGCUGCUGAGGGCCAGUAGGAAGCCGUGUGCCCUGCGCUGUGUCCCAUGCAUGUGGUCCAGAGGAGGAAUGUCCCAGCCACGUCUCCUCACCCUCCUGGUGCUGCUGCUCUGCUGCCAGGGUCCCUCUGCCCAGAUCACGGAUCACGUUGUUGAGAGAUGGAAGGAGUACAGCGAGGAGUGCCAGCGCAACAUGAGCCGCCUGCCUGCGCCCACAGAGCUGGUCUGUAACCGCACCUUCGACAAGUUCUCCUGCUGGCCCGACACGGCGCCCAACAGCACAGCCAGUGUGCCCUGCCCCUGGUUCCUGCCCUGGUACCAGAAAGUGAAGCACAGACACGUCUUCAAGACCUGUGGGCCAGAUGGACAGUGGGUGACAGGGCCACGGGGACAGUCCCUGCGCGAUGCCACACAGUGUGAGCAGGAUGACGAGGACCUAAAGGCGCAGGAAAAAUUUGCCAAGACCUAUGGCAGCUUCAAGGUGAUGUACACUGUGGGCUACUCUGUGUCCCUGUGUGCACUGCUGCUUGCCCUGGCCCUGCUGCUGGGCUUCAGCAAGCUGCACUGCAUGAGGAACUACAUCCACAUGAACCUCUUCGCCUCCUUCAUCCUGAAGGGCGUCUCCGUGCUGGUCAUCGACGCCCUGCUCAAGACCCACUACAGUGACAAGAUUGAUGGCUACAACGUGCAAGUCUGGCUGAGCGACGAGGCAGCUGCAGGCUGCCGGGCAGCCACGGUCUUCAUGCAGUACGGCAUUGUGGCCAACUACUGCUGGCUGCUGGUGGAAGGCAUCUACCUGCAUAAUCUGCUGGUGGUGGCCGUCUUCUCCGAGAGGAGCUACUUCACCCUCUACCUGUGCAUCGGCUGGGGGGCACCCAUGCUGUUCCUCAUUCCCUGGGUCAUUGUGAAGUUCCUCUACGAAAACAUACAGUGCUGGUCCACAAACAACAACAUGGGCUUCUGGUGGAUCCUUCGCUUCCCCGUGUUCCUGGCCAUCCUGAUCAACUUCUUCAUCUUCAUCCGCAUCAUUCAGAUCCUUGUUUCCAAGCUGCGUGCACACCAGAUGCGCUACACUGACUACAAGUUCAGGCUGGCCAGGUCCACGCUGACCCUCAUCCCGCUGCUGGGCAUCCACGAGGUGGUCUUCGCUUUCAUCACAGACGAGCACGCCCAGGGCACACUGCGCUAUGUCAAGCUCUUCUUCGACCUCUUCCUGAGCUCCUUCCAGGGUUUGCUGGUGGCCAUUCUCUACUGCUUCGUCAACAAGGAGGUGCAGGCAGAGCUGCUGAAGCGGUGGCAGCGCUGGAAGCUGGGGAAGGACCUGGCUGAGGAGUACAAGCACACCUACAGCCAUGCACCCAGUGCCCGCAACGGCGCUGGCAGCACCUGCGAGAAGCACCAGCUGGUGAGUGGCUGCACCAAUGGGCUGGGGCGCAGCCUGGUCCCCCAGCCCAGCUCCCAGCGCCUGGAGAGGAGCGGGCGCAGCGCUGCCGAGCACCUCGCCCUGGGGGGCCAUCACCACUGCUAUGAGUUUCCUGAGACCACGGCCGAGAGCCACUUCUGAGCCCGCAGCCAGGAGGGAGGGCUGUGCUGAGCCGCCGGCAUGCCGCCGUGCCCUGCCCCGUCCUCGCCGGGUGCUGGCGGGCACUGGGACCUGCCACCCUGUGGAGGGGCACACGGACAAUGGACACAGUGAGGCAGGCAAGUGGGACCCGGACCCCUGGAAACGGGAACUGUGGGGCCAGGGGGAUCUGUAGGGGUGGGAGUUUGUCCUGUGGUGCUUCCCUCGUGCACCUUCUAGUCCCUGUGCACAGUGCUGUAAUUUAUCUGUCAUAUCUGUAAAUAGGUGUGGGCCCGUGCCGGGCUGCAGGGCCA